AUGAAGCUGUCAAAUCAGUCAGAGGUACCGGUGUACACCAUCUCGGGCUCUAACACAGCCAGGCCUUUGCCCGAAUGGCUGGCCCGACGCCGCAGGCGCAGCUUGAAAGACGACCCGGAGUAUGCGAAUCGCAUCGAGUUGCUGCAAGACUUUGAGUUCGAGGAGGCUAGUCAGUGCGUGAAGGUCAGCGAGGAUGGCGAAUGGGUUAUGAGUACAGGCACAUACAAGCCCCAAAUUCACGUUCACCAAUUGUCCCAGCUUUCCCUAUCUUGGGCACGACACACAGUUGCUCUCAACACGAAAUUCCUGCUCCUUUCUUCCGACUACUCUAAAUCCCUACACCUCCAGGGCGACCGCUCUCUUGAAUUUCACACCCCGCAAGGAUGCCACUACACCACCCGCCUUCCGCGAUAUGGACGUGACCUUGUCUAUGACCGCCAGUCAACUGAGGCGUUGAUUCCCUCGGUCGGUGUCAACGAGAAUGGCCUGGGUGAAGUUUUCCGUUUGAAUUUGGAGCUUGGGCGAUACAUGCGAUCUUUCGAAAUCGAAGUUGGUGGUGAUGACAUGACAUCUACGGGAGGAGGUGCUUUGCAGGGCGGCAUUAACACCGGUUCGGUCAACACUGGUGCUAUCGCAGAGGAUAGUCACAAUCUUCUUGCAUUCGGUACUUCGAUAGGAACAGUGGAACUGUGGGAUCCCAGAGCAAAGGGCCGAGCGGGCAUUCUUCUGCCACCCACACAGUCCGUCGGCGACGAGACGCGGUCUGAAAUCACUGCUCUAGAGUUCCACCGCAACGGAUUAACGCUAGGAACUGGCUCGUCCAACGGCUUGAUUCACCUCUACGAUCUCCGAUCCCCAGUCCCUCUGCUUAAGAAGGACCAAGGUUACGGUUUCCCCAUCCACACUCUCAAGUUCCUCCAACCAUCAACCGAAACACGGGAGGCGACCAUGGACCCCAAGAUCAUGUCAGCCGAUAAGAGGAUUAUCAAGAUCUGGGAUCCUCGUGAUGGUACCCCCUGGACCUCCGUGGAACCCGCUGUGGACAUUAACGAUGUGGCUUGGUGCAAGGACAGCGGUAUGCUCCUGACUGCCAACGAAGGCCGCCAGCAACACUCCUUCUUCAUUCCCCAACUCGGACCCGCGCCCAGGUGGUGCUCGUUCCUGGAUAACCUUGUCGAAGAGAUGGCCGAGGACCCGAACGACCCCAACGCAUUCACCAGCGCCCAGGCUGGCUCUGUUUACGACAACUUCAAGUUCUUGACCAUACCCCAACUGCGUACGCUCAACUUGGAGCACCUUAUUGGUCGCACCAACCUUUUGCGCCCAUACAUGCAUGGUUACUUCGUUGCUCAGCGUCUGUAUGAGGAGGCGAGAUUGAUCACCAACCCUUACGUCUGGGAAGAGGAGCGCGCCAAGCGCGUCAAGGAGAAGAUUGACCAGGAGCGCGAGAGCCGUAUCCGUGGCAAGAAGAAGGCCGCCGUCAAGGUCAACAAGAAGCUGGCCGAGAGGCUGCUCAACGCAGAGGAGAAGCAAGAGCGCCGCAGGGCUAAGCAGGUCCUUGAGCGUGGCGGUGAUGCCGACAUGGUUGAUGCACCUACCACCGAGACCGAGAAGAAGGGUGUUCUGGGCGACAACCGUUUCAACAAGCUGUUCGAGGACGUAGACUUCGCCGUUGACGAGCACUCCCACGAGUUCAAGCUUAUCAACCCCAGCACCAUUCCCGACGCCCCCGCCAAGAAGGAACGUGGCCUGACAGCCGUCGAGCAAGAGACCAUCGACGACGUGCCCAACUCUAGCGAUGACGACUCCGACUCAGACUCCGACCGCGAAACCCACAGGCCCGUCAGAGAAAAGGCCUCCAACAAGAUCUCCACCGCUGAUUACAAGCGCACCAAGCGACCCCCUCCACGCAUGCAAGUCUCCUCCUCGACACGCACAAGCUCCACCCGAGACCGCUCAUUCGGCUCCCGCGCGCAAACCAUGAAGACCAAGCAACGACCAACGCGCCAGAACGGCGUCGUCGGCGAGCACGAGGUCAGCUUCAUGCCAGCUUCCAGAUCGAAGAAGCAAAAGCCGGAGGUGCAGUACGACAAGACCGAGUUCCGGGCCAAGGAGCGCCGGAGUGCUUCGGGCAAUACGUUCCGGAAGAUGUGA